UUUAGACAUCCCAACCUCAUCUGCUUGCAGCGAGUUUUUCUCACGAAUGAAAAGAAGGUUUGGUUGUUACUCGAUUACGCUGAGCAUGACCUGUGGCAUAUCAUCAAAUAUCAUCGAGGGGCGAAAGCGAAGAAAAUGCCAGUGAUGGUUCCCAAGGGGAUGGUGAAGAGCAUUCUGUACCAGAUUCUCGAUGGGAUUCAUUAUCUUCAUUCCAACUGGGUUCUUCAUCGCGACCUGAAGCCUGCAAAUAUACUAGUCAUGGGUGAUGCACCUGGAGUUCAUCGUGGAAGGGUGAAAAUAGCCGAUAUGGGAUUUGCUCGGAUAUUUUAUAACCCUCUGAAGCCUCUAGCGGAAUUGGAUCCUGUUGUAGUUACGUUUUGGUAUCGUGCGCCAGAGUUAUUGCUCGGGGCCAAACAUUACACUAAGGCCAUCGAUGUUUGGGCUAUAGGAUGUAUAUUCGCUGAAUUACUUACGGCUGAACCAGUUUUCUUUUGCAAAGAAGAAGAUAUAAAGGCUCAAAGCCCUUACCACUAUGAUCAACUAAAAAGGAUUUUCACUGUUAUGGGUUACCCUCAAGAAAGUGAAUGGACUGAUUUCAAGAAGAUGCCCGAUUAUCAUAAACUUCAAACGGACAUCAAGUCGUCACAAACAGCCUUUCCUAACUGCAGUAUGACUCGGUACAUGGAGAAGCACAAGAUUGAAUCUGACUCGCCACAAUUCAAGCUUUUAGUAAAGCUUCUGACGAUGGAUCCGAAUAAGAGAAUAUCUUGCAAAGAUGCUAUGGAGGAGCCGUAUUUUAAGAUGGAUCCAAAACCGACAGAAGAUGUAUUUUAUAAGUUUGAAAUACCAUACCCCAAGCGUGAAUCGCUUCCGGACGCAGAUAUCAAAAAAUCUCUUGCUAUGAACAUCGUGGACGAUCAAAAUCAACAAGCAACAAAUCCCCAAGUCAAUCAAGCUAUGAAUCAACAACUUGAUUCGGAACCGGUAAAUAAACGACUUCGGAUGGGUGGUCAGCAGAUGAAUGCAAAUAGCCAACCAAUGUUUUCGGGAGGAGAAUUCCAUCAGCCGAUGCAGCCGCAGCACAUAAUUCCGCAGUCAAUGGCUAAGGGUGGAUUUGAUGAUCAACAACAGCAGCAGUAUCAACAACAGCCUAUUUUUGCGAGCCAACCAAUGCCAGCAUCGAUGCCAGUUUCCGCUCAACAACCGAUGAACAUGAUGCAAGGAGGUCAACAGUUCCAACAUCAAAACAUGGGUAAGGGAAGGAUGGCACGGGACAACCUAUGA